AUGUUUCCUUCUUUGAAUUCAUUUAUUCAUUCUUUCUUUAAUUAUUUUUCUUCUUUUGUCAUUCCAUUCCUGAUGCUUUUUGAUUAUUUUUAUUUAUUUUUUCUUCCUUUAUUUGUAUUAUUUGUUUCUUUAUUUAUUUUCUCGCCUUUUUCGUUUAAUUCCUCUUUCAUUAUAGCCGUUUUUUACCAGUCUGCUUUCACCAGACUGCCGUGUCUAACUUUAUUUGACUUCUUUCUUUCUUUCAUCAAUUCUAUCAUUUUUAUUUUCUCUUUUUCUAGAUUACUUAUAUGCUUUCUUUCUUUCAUUCAUUCAUUUAUUCUUUUUUAUUUUCUCCUUAUAUUUUUCAUUCUUUCUUUCUUUCAUCAAUUCCGUCAUUCGUUUUUCUCUUUUAAUAACACACUUAUAUUCUUUCUUUCCUUCUUUCCUUUUCUUUUUCCUUUUUGCCCACUUUUCUCUUUCUUCCUUUUUAAUCAUAUUUUCUUAAACAUUUUUUAUAUUUUCCGAAUAUUUAACACCUUCAUUUUCCUUAAUUUUUUAUUUCCUUCCUUCCUUCCUUCCUUCCUUCCUUCUUUCCUUCCUUCCUUCCUUCCUUCCUUCCUUCCUUCCUUCCUUCCUUCCUUCCUACGCUGUCUCGUCUCCCCUCCUUCGUCUAUUUCCCGCCUUCAGCCUUUCUCUCUCUUUUCCCCAUUAAGGAUCUUACCAUUCAGACAUGGAAAUGCAGACGCCGACAUACGUUGGCCAGAUAUGUCUUUUCCCGUAAGCAAUCCAACUGGUCCCGUUCCCCCGACUAAAUACAAAUUCGCGUAUCCUACCCACCUUCGCCAAAAAACAAUUCCCAGCCCACCAUCCCAUCAUCGCAGAUUCCUUUUUCCUGCUUCCCAUUCACUCGAGCACUGA